CCGAAGCUAAUUUCCCAGUUGUUAAUAAACCAUAGGUACCACUUCCUCGUCCAAGACGUGGAGAGAUUUACAUGUACUACAGAUACAUGUAUUCUAUCCCGGUCUCAACAACCUUGGAUGGAAGUUACCGCAGUGACCUCUUUCCUUCUCCCCCUCUAUACCACAGAGCUACUUUAACCUACAUAAUUUGAUCUAGUUUGUUAUGAGUUCUGUUUUGGUACCUACCUUCCCCUCUCUUUUCCCGCCCCCUUCAGCUUCCUAGAUUCCCCAUCCCCCCCGUCCCCCAGUCCUGCUGCAAUCAACUCUCCCACCCUUCCCCCCCUCCCCUUCAAACCUGCGCUGGAACUCUACAGGAAUUGGCUGCUCGAUCACGUUAGCCUCGCCAUUAGCAAUGAUUUUAAAUUAUUCGGCAGCAAGAUAUCCCUGUGACACAACCACUUAAGUAUCGUGUAUCCCUGUAGGAAGCUGUCACAAUGGCUUCAUCCUAUUGGUUGAAGCUCGUCGCAACCUCCUGUUUACCUGCAACCUCGUCGACUUCAACCUCAACCUCACUGCCUCUCGUCUCCGUCCCCGUUUCCAUCAUUUCUUCAUCAACUUCUACCCGAUUUCCCCCCAAAUUUGAUUAUUCACGGUCGCCAUAAUCUAGCGAUUACUGCUAGGCAAUUUGUAUUCGAUUUUGCCCUCUCCACGUCGCAUUAUUUCAGCCCUAUCGCUCCACAAUGCCUGUUGAGCUCCGCAAGCGCAAAGCUCCUGCACCGGCCCCAGAGCCACCAACGAAGAAGCCAUCCAAGACCUCCAAGGUAGCUAGUAAGGUGAAGGAGACCGUCAAGGGCAAGGCUGCCAAACCUGCUAAGUCAACUAUUGCCAAUGGCUCAUCCAAGCCCGCGAAGCCUAUCGUCGGUGCCACCAUCACUCUUGAUGGGUUUGGUGGCGAAAUUGAGACCAAUGAUGGCGAUAAGACAACCCUAAAGGCUCUAAUCGACGAAAGCAAAUCUGGCGUUGUCAUUUUCACGUAUCCUAAGGCAUCUACGCCUGGCUGUACCAACCAAGCUUGUCUCUUUAGAGACUCCUACGAACCCUUGACAAAGGGUGGCCUUGCUAUCUACGGCCUUUCGACGGACUCACCAAAGGCCAAUACCACUUUCAAAACCAAGCAGAAUUUACCUUACUCGCUUUUAUGCGAUCCCAGCGCUACUUUAAUCGACGCCAUUGGGUUUAAGAAAGCGCCUAAAGGUACUACUCGUGGUGUGUUUGCCGUUGACAAAACUGGCAAAGUCCUCCUUGCCGAGCCAGGCGGCCCUGCUGCGACCGUUGAUGCGGUAAAGAAACUGGUGGCUGAAAGCGAUGGAGUCACUACGAAAGAAGAGACGGCCGAUGAAAAAUCAGAAGAAAAUCCUGCAGAAGAGACUAAAGCUACUAAUGGUGAGGCUGCUCAGGAAAAGAAAGAUGAAGAUGAAGAAGAAGCAGAGUGAUGGAGAAAAAAAUGGACGCCUAUCUGAUGUUUUGUCUAGGGAUUAUUACCUCAUUUCUAGUCGUAGCACAAUGGUCUUGAUGUGUUUAGUAGUUUGCGUGUCGAUAGUAACGUAGAAUGAUAGGAACAAUGGAAGGACCGGAUAGGGUACAUGAUUUUCGCAAAUUAACAUGGUACCCCUCUGCUUGUUCCGUGUAAUUAGAGGUUGUAUAAUAUUGUAUGUUUCUUAUUUGUAGGCCUAGAUUGAGUCUUGUUAGAAGGUACUUAGGUACAGAUCCAAUGAAUGCAAAUACGUAAUAGUGGAGAUGGAUUGACGGACCGAGAUUUAACCGUGUGGAUACCAGUUUGACCAACACGAUUAAGCUGAUUGGAUCCAAAAGUUGGAUUAUCGCCAAUUGCAAUCGAAAC